ACAGUGUAACUCUUCGGUUGAAAACUUCCACUGCACAUAUUUCAAUGUGGAUGAAUUUAAAAACCAAUAAGUACGUAUUCGGCUUAAUAGUACAUGUGAUUACCUUUCUAAUGAAAUGUACUUCACACGUACCCCCACGAAGAAGUGAUAAUAAAUUCGAUAAAAAAAAAACAAGAAUAGACCGGCUAUAAGCCUAGUGAGGUCUUUCUUCUUUUUCUCAAUUUUUCAAUUCUGGAGCUACCACGGCUACCAUCUACCAAAUACGUGAGUUAUAAAUAGGCAAGCAGGAAGAAUGUUUCGAUGGAGUAUUACAUAAAUCGUGUGACAAUGACAUCACUGAAAGUGAAAAAGACGGGAUUGAAAUUGGAUGAUGUUGGCUGGUCUGACAAAUGAAUUCACCCCAUUAGUCAUGGCGUAUGAAAAUUCAUCCAAACUGGGAAUAAUGAGAGAAAUAUAUCGACCUUUUGAAACAACAUCCUUUUUGCUAAAUAAAAUCUGUGAAGUCUAGAGAUUAGAUUACUCUAUAACCCUUAUUUUUACGUACAUACACUGAGCUGACCGUAAAACAUCAAUAUUUCUGAUGAAGACCAAAAACAACGAUAUAUUCAGAAAUCGAUCUGAUGGCAGCAUUAAGCAAAAGUUUGAAGAAAAACUUGCUCUCUAUCUGGUGAGAGAAUGUGGCCCCUUUGGUCCGCUUGAGAUAUAAAAUGUGAUUCAAGUGCAUGUAUACAUCCCAGUGUCAGUUUGGCAGCGUAGUGAAACGGUCGACAAUAAAAUUCUAAGAAAAUGUUUACGAUUCAAGUGGACAAAACUAUUCAGCUAAUCAUAAAAAUAUUUUACCGAUUGGGAAUAUGGCAAACGGACGAAGAGUCCAAUUACCGUAAAAUCGGCAAGAAAUUGUUCUAUAGUUUUUUGGGUACAUUUUUCCCGAUAUUCUUCGCGGCUAAUGCUUUUCUAUGUGACGAUCGAAUUGAAUCCGUUUUCUCAGUACAGAUUUCAAUUACAGCGACGAUAGCAUACGUGAAAAUUCUGUACAUCCUGUUUGAAAAACAAGAAAUCCUCACAUUUGUAUGUGAUCCGAUCGUUGUUCAUUCAAUUGAAAAUCGUGAAGAAUAUGACGAAACAGUAAAAAAGAUCAACAAAUUCAUGAAUUUCGUACGGAUGUAUUGUCUGGCAACAUUUGUCACUGUUCCAGUGGUGGUUCUAAUAAAACUGCCAAUAUUCUCAACCGAUAAAGGCUUGCCUCUUUUUAUCAGUUUCUCAUGGAACCGUUCGGAAAUUGUUUAUUGGUUGGCGUAUUUGUUCUUGUCAUUGUCAUGUUUCUUGUACGCUGUAAUGAACUUGAUAACCGUACUAAUUUGGUACAUGAUGUUAAAUUACUCCAUCGACUACGAGCUUUUGGGAAAUAAAUUCAGAAAAUUAGGUGUGGUGAAGAAAACCAUUGCGAAAAGGGCAAAAAAACAGAAACAAUUCAGGUUGACACAACGAAGUGGGUUCGUUCAAGAUUUAAUUGUAUUGGUAAAAACUCAUCGGAACUUGGCCAAAACAAUAGAGAGAUUCAGAUCCUUUUUCUCGACAUUAUUUUUGGUCCAAAUCACAACCAGUGGCAUUACAAUUUGUACUUCAGUUUACAGCUUAGCCUUUACUUCGAACCAAAACAUCGUUCAACCAGUAUUUUAUGUGGUUGUGCUGCUCUACGCAAUUUUUGAUAUUUUUUUGGUUAUGUACCUGGCGAAUGACAUUACCGUUACAAGCGACCGACUGUCUUACUGCUUAUUUGAGUCAAAUUGGAUUGAGCAGACACAAUCGUGUAAAAAGCAUGUUCUCAUCAUGGGCGAGGUGUUGAAGCAACCGCAACAACUUGUCGUCUUGAUAUAUCCAAUGAACUUGGAAACCUUUAUGACGAUUGUCAACGGUGCCUACAGCAUGUUCAACAUCUUAAAAAGCCUUCAAUAAAAAAGCAAAAAUGGUACUAUGUGUGUCAAAAAACUGUUCACAGUGCAAGUGAAGUAUAGCUUAAACCCGACAAUUGCAACACUUUUCCACGAAUUGGUAGUUCUUCGACAUCGGCAAAUUCUCUACAUACCAAACACAAUCACUUUCCUUUUGCUGUACUUAGUUUAUCAAAUGUUACUUGAAUAAAUAGAAACCAAGAAACACUUUGUGCUGGUAAAUGUUCUUUUCAGUUUCAGGUCAAGUGCCCAGUCUCUUAAUUCUAAAAAGAACGGCGCAGACACUGGUGAACUUAACGAA